AUGGCAACUUUCAUGUGGAAUUCAUGUCUCGAGCGCUCUGCUCCUUCUCCCUGUCCCUGUGUCCUCACCACUAACCUGUACUCAGAUAUCAAACCUGAUGACUCUCCUGUGAAAGGCACAAAGAAGGGAAAAGGAAAGAAAGAUAAGAAGAAACCGGCAGUCGACCCUUAUGAGAAGAAAAAGCCAAAGCUGGAUGAGCUGAAGGUGUAUCCUAAGGAACUGGAAAGCGACUUUGGUAACUUUGAGGACUGGCUGCACAGUUUUAACCUGUACAGGGGAAAAGCCGGUGAUGAUGAUGAUCAGAAUGUGACAGAUGAAGAUAGGAUUGUUGGAAAAUUCAAAGGUUCGCUGUGCAUGUACAAAGUGUCGGAUGAUAUGCCAAGAGACAUGAACUUUGAUUCCAACAUGGGAAUGUUUAAUAACAUUCCUAGCAAUGAUCCCAUUAACGUCCUUGUUCGGAUCUAUGUCAUCAGGGCAACUGAUCUGCAUCCAGCAGACAUAAACGGUAAAGCCGACCCCUACAUUGCAAUAAAACUGGGAAAAACAGAGAUAAAAGACAAAGAGAACUACAUCUCAAAACAGCUGAACCCACUGUUUGGCAAAUCUUUUGAUGUGGAGGCCACAUUCCCAAUGGAUUCCACAUUAACUGUGUCAAUUUAUGACUGGGACUUGGUGGGAACUGAUGAUCUCAUUGGAGAAACCAAAAUUGACCUCGAGAACCGUUUCUACAGCAAACACAGAGCCACGUGUGGUAUCACACGCGCCUACGCAAUGUAA